GCUGUGGAGACGUGAAAAUGGCCACAGAAGAGAAGUGGAAAGGUUGGGCUUCAAAACAGCAUAGUAGGGCCCAAGAGGCAGGUGAAAAGGAACCGUGUGUGCUGCUGGGCCAGCGGCUGGGUGAAGCGGGAAGAUUCGCUUAUGCAGCGCUUUGUGGGAUCUCCCUGGCACAACUGUUCCCUGAGGAAGAGCAAAGCUCCUUCAGGACAGAAUUCAUUGAGGGCUUUGUGAAAUGGCUGGACCUGCCUGAUGCUGUCUUACCUGCCAUGACAGCAUUUGCUGGUGGCUUAGGAGGUGAGGGCACAGAAACUUUUGCCCAGAUUGUGCUGAAUGAUCCCAUCUUGAAAGAAAAUCCAGUUGUCAUUACCCAAGACCUUCUAUCCUUCUCUCUUAAAGAUGGGUACUACGAUGCUCGAGCGAGGGUGUUGAUCUGUCACAUCACCUGGCUGCUGAGGAUCCCCUUGGAGGAGCUGGAAGUGCUGGAGGAAUCUCUGCUUGAGAACCUGAAGGACCAAAAAGAAGAAGAGUCAGAAACUUCAGAGGAAUCAAGAAAAAAGAAGGAAAGAAGAAAAAAGCUGAAGAGAUACCUGCUGAUCGGUUUGGCAACCGUUGGGGGUGGAACUGUGAUCGGCUUGACAGGGGGUCUUGCUGCCCCUCUAGUUGCUGCAGGAGCUGCCACUGUCAUUGGAAGUGCUGGAGCAGCUGCUUUAGGUUCAACUGCUGGAAUUGCUGUCAUGGCAUCCCUUUUUGGAGCAGCUGGAGCUGGCCUUACUGGAUACAAGAUGAAGAAGCGUGUGGGAGCCAUAGAAGAGUUUGAAUUCCUCCCACUUACUGAAGGAAAGCAGCUUCAUAUCACCAUAGCAAUUACUGGAUGGCUGUGCACUGGCAAAUAUGGGAGCUUCACAGCACCAUGGAGCAGCAUGUUGCAAUCCAGGGAGCAGUACUGCCUGGCCUGGGAAUCCAAGUACUUGAUGGAACUGGGCAAUGCCUUAGACUCCCUGCUGAAUGGUUUUGUGAACAUGAUGGCUCAAGAAGCCCUAAAGUUCACUGUCCUGUCUGGUAUUGUGACAGCCUUGACUUGGCCAGCUUCUCUCUUGACUGUUGCCAGUGUGAUUGACAACCCCUGGGGAGUGUGUCUCCAUCGCUCUGCUGAAGUAGGCAAACACCUUGCACACAUCCUGCUCAGUCGACAGCAGGGCAAGAGACCUGUCACAUUGAUUGGCUUCAGUCUGGGUGCCAGAGUCAUUUACUUCUGCCUGCAGGAAAUGGCUCAAGAAAAAGACUGUCAAGGGAUCAUUCAAGAUGUGGUUUUACUGGGAGCUCCAGUGGAAGGAGAAGCCAAGUACUGGAAAGCUAUCACAAAAGUGGUGUCGGGCAGGAUCAUAAAUGGCUACUGCAGGGGGGACUGGCUGCUGAGGUUUGUAUAUAGGACCUCUUCUGUCCAGAUCAACGUUGCAGGCCUCCAGCCAGUGGAUUUGGAUGACAGGAGGAUGGUAAACAUGGACCUUUCGUUUGUAGUAAACGGCCACCUGGACUACAUGAAGCAGAUGGACACCAUCCUGAAAGCUGUGGGCAUUAAAACCAAGGAGUGUCAGCUGGAAGAGAAGGGCAGCAGCAGUUUUUUCUCCCCUCUAGCCAAGAAAGCAGCAGGCAGUGAGGCUGGGGAAGAGGGGAACACUGUGCAAGAGGAUGCAGCUGGCGGUGAGGCCCUCCCAGCCAGCCACCCUCACUGCCAGGCUUCCCUCAGCUGCCCCUUGGGAGAAACCUGUUCAAACACAGAGGACAGCAAGAAACAGGCAGUGGGUGAAGAGGCAGAUUAGAGCUCUUUGUGGUGGGCAGAUGCUCAGGCAGCACUCAAACCACUGUCUGUUGCACUGGAGCUCUCAAAGGCGUCUCGGUAGCGCUGGCAGAGCUGCAGCUGCAGUUUUGUCACCCUCCUGAGAGCCUGGAGCGUGGCACUGGUGUGGCACUGCACCAAAACCUCCAGAGCAGCCACCCCCAGCAUCUCCCGUUGAGGAGAAAGGGCUGGUUGCUGCCUGAAUUGGCAUCACUCCUCAGGAAGUGGCAGCACUCCCCUCCUUGCACAAUCUGGGUUUAGUCUGGGAGGAAGCAGCUGUCAGCGUCAGGGACUGUGUCUGUGCUCUGGAACUCUUGGCAAAGCAGAUGGCUCUGUGGGUAUUUUGAAGCAUGUCAUGGAGAGGGACUUAUCACUAGGGAAUUAAAAGCCAUCUUUCCACCAGAGGUUGAUUUGGGGUUUGGUUUUGCCGUGAGCUCUGCCCGUCUCAGUGCCCACACUCCAGCUCUGCCAGCUGGGGAGGCCAGAGGCUGAGGUCACCCAGCUCCUUUCCCCAGCCUCCUGCAGCUCUGUUGGGCACUUUCCAGUCAACAAGGCUGAUUCCCUGUCUGCAAGCUGAGGGUGAGGGGUGUUUAAAGCCUCAUUACUUGACAACCAAGGGUUCAGGCCCAGUCAACAUGGCUUUAUGAAGGGCAGGUCCUGCUUGACUGAGCUGAACUGCUUCUAUGACAAGGUGACCCUCUUAGUGGAUGAGGAAAGGCUGUGGAUGUGUUCUACAUGGACUUUAGUAAGGCCUUCAACACUGUCUCCCACAGCAUCCUCCUGGAGAAACUGGCUGCCCAUGGUUUGGAUGGAUGUGCUCUGUGUUGGGUGGAAAACUGCCAGGCUGCCUGGGCCCAGAGAGUGGUGGGGAAUGGGGUUAAAUCCAGUUGUUGGCCAGUCACCAGUGAUGUUCCCAGGGCUCAGUGCUGAGGCCUGUUCUGUUUAACAUCCUUAUCAAUGGUCUGGGUGAGGGGAACAAGUGCAGCCUCAGUCAGUUGGCUGAUGGCACCAAGCUGGGUGGGUGCAUGGAUCUGUGUGAGGGCAGGAAGGGGCUGCAGAGGGCUCUGGCCAGGCUGGAGCCAUGGGCUGAGGGCAAUGGGAUGAGGCUGAACAAGGGCAAGGGCCAGAUCCUGCCCUUGGGUCACCCCAAGCCCAGGCAGCUCCAGGCUGGGGCAGAGGGGCUGGAAAC